CUUGACCGUGUGCUGAAGAACACCAGCAUUAGCCCUGCUUACACUGGUUGCACAGUGCUGACACUAAGAUCUUUGAAGAACAGAGAGGACACUAGCAUGGAUGCGGUCUGCACAUACAGAACCAACACAACCACGACCACUACUAAAUUUGAUCGAGUCAUGAUUUAUCGUGAACUCAGCAAUAUGACCGCUAGCUGCACUAAGCUUGGACCCUACGAGCUGGAUGCAGCCAGCUUCUAUGUUAACGGUUAUAAUGAACCACUUGAGAGACUGUCUCUGAGCUCAACAACCAAACCAAGCCCCAUAUCCAGGCAUUUCACGCUUAACUUCACCCUAAUCAACCUUCCAUACACCGCAGACCUGGAAAUACCGAGUACCCGCAGGUUUAUUUCUACAGAGAAAGUUAUUAACUAUUAUCUUAAUCCUCUUUUUAAGAGAAGCAGCAUAGGCCCUGUCUACACAGGAUGUAGAGUGAUGAGAUUCAGGUCUGUGAAAGACAGCGAUGACACUAGCCUAGACGCUGUCUGCAGCUACAAAAACAACAGCAGCAUUGCCACCUUUGACAGAGAAAAGGUUUAUGAAGAGCUGAGCAACAUGACAAAAGGUGUCACCAAACUAGGGCACUACAGCUUGGAGAAGAACAGCCUGUAUGUCAAUGGUAUCACUAGAAAGCCUGCCUUAAGUGAAGGUCCAGCCAAAUUGGGCUACAAAUUCAGCUUUAGAAUAAUUAACGAAAAUCUAACUAACCCAGACUCCCAGUCAUCAGAAUACAAAGCUGCAGUGGAAAGCAUCAGUAACAAGAUGAACCAACUAUAUCAUCAGAGCCACCUGCAGAAUUACUUCCAAAACUGCACUGUCACAAAGCUGAGGAUUGGAUCCAUAGUGGUCGACUGCAGGUGCUUCUUCCAGCCAGAUCCCAGCAUCAACAGGGUUGUGGUUGAAAGGGCUUUUCAGGAUGGGACUUCACGUGAAACCGGGCUAUGGCUGGGAAGCAGUUACCAGCUGGAAGGAUUCUCAAUAGACAACUUAGAACUAGCAAUCGAGGCAGCAACUCAGAGAGCACCCCUGCAAUCCCAGACAGGAAACUUCAGAUUAAACUUCAUUAUCACCAACCUUCACUACUCUCCAGAACUGCAAAGCUCCACAUCUCAGAUGUUCCAAGUGAACAAGGAGAAGAUUGAAAAGGAGCUGGAAGUAUUCAGAACUAGCAGCCUGAAGGAUUACUUCGUUGGUUGUACUGUUGAGAGCUUUGGGCCUGUCCUUGGGAAAGCUUACACAAGUGUUGCUUCCACCUGUACAUUCACGCUGGACACCUCCUCGAGGACCUUACAGAAGGAAAUUGUAUAUGAGGAGCUGACACGCUUGACACAAGGAUUCACCAAGUUGGGUUCCAGCUACCAGCUGGAAGAACAUAGUUUGGUUGUUGAUGGUUACUCUCCACUCAAAACAGUUGAGCAGGAAAGAUAUGAGCUUUCAUACUGGGCAAUUAUCCUUAUCUGCGUCUUUGCACUGAUUGGUUUCAUCCUCCUUCUCCUGUUGUGCUUCCUGACGGCCCAAAGAUCCGGCUACCUUGGUCAGAGCCCACACGGGAUCGGCGCUUUCAGAUUUCGCAAGCCAAACAGCGGGGGAUCGAGGGACAACAGUCGUUCCCCAAUGUCUGCAUCGCGCAGACUGCACGAGGAUGACCCGCACUCAGGAUCUGCGAGAGAGACACCCUCAGACACAGAGCGAGACAGCUCCUCAUCAAGCGUGCACUCCUUUGAUACGAGAACCGGGGCUGUUGUGAUAGACAUCGGCACGGGGAGCUUUAAAGCUGGGUUUGCUGGACAACAGAAACCCACAUCUGAAUGCGGCACCUUGGUGGCCUAUCCUUCAAGGCAAUCCCUGGGGUCCGCAAGGACCGAGCCUCACGCCUUCUUCAGGGAGGAAGCCUUGCUUCAUGAUGAUGUUGACAUUAUUGGGCUUAUGCAGAGUGGCAUCAUCAUCAAUUGGGAGGCAGCCGAAAUCCUGUGGCAGCACAUGUUUGACCACGACCUCAUGGUCCCCACUGAGGAGCACGCUUUACUCAUCACAGAUCCCCCACUGAGCCCUAGCACCAACAGAGAGAAGAUGGUGGAGCUGGCAUUUGAGUCGCUGCAUUCCCCUGGCAUUUACAUUGCCUCCCAGUCCGUCCUCUCAGUGUACGCCCACGGUCAAACCACUGGUUUGGUCGUGGAUGCAGGCUAUGCUGUGACCCACACAGUACCCGUUGACGAGGGUUACAGCUUAUCACAUGCAGCUGAGAGGAUGGAUAUCGCCGGAUUCCACAUGACCCAUUACCUGAUGAAGCUUCUCAGGGACUCCGGGUACAUGCUCAGUGAAGCCAUGACCCAAGUCAUAGAAGACAUCAAGCACAAAUGCUGCUAUGUUGCUCCUGACUUUGAAAAUGAGUGCUACCUCCCUGAGGCCUUCUACACGGUGGAUUUCCCCUUGCCAGAUGGUCAGACCAUCAGUCUUGGGAAGGAGAGGUUCCAGUGUCCAGAGGUGCUCUUCAACCCCCCUAAGGCACAUGGGAUUUCUUACGUGGGCAUUCAUGAGAUGACCCAGAGAAGUCUAAACAAAGUGCCAGAAGCUGUCAGGGAAAAAAUGUGCCAAAACAUCCUCCUGUGUGGAGGGUCCUCUCUCUUCGAGGGGCUAGAGAAGAGGUUUUCCAGUGAACUCCUCCAAAAAAUGCCCUCUCAGGCCAAAAUCAGAGUAUCUGCCAUCCCCUUGAGGAGAUAUUCUGCCUGGAUGGGGGGGUCUAUCCUCGCCUCCCUGAAAAACUUCCAGUCAUUCUGGAUCCGAAAGGAGGAUUACAGUGAACAUGGACCGUACAUUGUCCAUCAGAAAUGCUACUAA